AUGGCUGAUCAACUCAACAUGGCUGGCCUGAACAUUCAGGACCAGCAGAACCAGCCUCGGUCCUACAUCCCUCCCCACAUGCGUAAGAUGGGUGGCGGCGGCGGUGGUGGCGGUCCUCCCGCUGGUGGCCCUCCCCCGAUGAACAACGGCAUCAACAACAGCGCCUGGGCUGGAGCUGGUGGAAACCAGAACUUCGACGCCCGUCAGGGUGGUGACUGGCCCGCGAUGGGCGGUCCUGGUGGUCCUGGUGGCCCCCCUCCUGCUCCCCAGCAGCAGCAGGGCUAUCCCCCUCGCGGCGGCGGUCGCAACUGGGGCGGCGAGGGUGGCCGUGGUGGUUACGGUGGUGGCUACGGUGGCCACGCUGGCGGCGGCGGCGGAGGCCAGCAGGCUCGUGGAUCUGGCGACGGCCAGUGGCGCGACGGAAAGCACAUCCCCGGCCCUGCCAACCCUCGCGUCGAGCGCGAACUCUUCGGAACCGCCGACGACCCGUCCAAGCAGCACACCGGUAUCAACUUCGAGAAGUACGACGACAUCCCUGUUGAGGCUUCCGGACACGAUGUCCCUGAGCCCGUCCUCACCUUCAGCAACCCCCCUCUCGACAACCACCUCAUCGGCAACAUCGAGAUGGCCCGCUACAAGAUCCCCACCCCUGUCCAGAAGUACUCGAUCCCCAUCGUCAUGGGCGGUCGCGAUCUCAUGGCUUGCGCUCAGACUGGUUCCGGAAAGACUGGUGGUUUCCUCUUCCCCAUUCUGUCCCAGGCCUUCAUCCACGGCCCCUCUGCCAUCCCUGGCAACGCCCCUGGCACUUUCGGUCGUCAGCGCAAGGCUUACCCCACUUCUUUGAUCCUGGCUCCCACUCGUGAGCUGGUCUCUCAGAUCUACGACGAGUCCCGCAAGUUCGCCUACCGUUCUUGGGUUCGCCCUUGCGUCGUCUACGGUGGUGCCGACAUUGGCUCCCAGCUCCGCCAAAUCGAGCGCGGCUGCGAUUUGCUCGUCGCUACCCCCGGACGUCUUGUCGACUUGAUCGAGCGUGGCCGCAUCUCUCUGCAGAACAUUAAGUAUCUUGUGCUGGACGAGGCUGACCGCAUGCUUGACAUGGGUUUCGAGCCCCAGAUUCGUCGCAUUGUCGAGGGUGAGGACAUGCCCAACGUCCAGAACCGCCAGACUCUCAUGUUCUCGGCCACCUUCCCUCGCGACAUCCAGAUGCUCGCUCGCGACUUCCUCAAGGACUACGUUUUCCUUUCCGUCGGUCGUGUCGGUUCCACUUCUGAGAACAUCACCCAGAAGGUCGAGUACGUUGAGGAUGUCGACAAGCGCUCCGUCCUUCUCGACAUUCUUCACACUCACGGCGCCGGUCUGACUCUCAUCUUCGUCGAGACCAAGCGCAUGGCCGACUCUCUCUCGGACUUCCUCAUCAACCAGAACUUCCCUGCCACCUCCAUUCACGGUGACCGUACCCAGCGUGAGCGUGAGCGCGCUCUGGAGUUCUUCCGCAACGGACGUUGCCCUAUCCUGGUCGCUACUGCUGUCGCUGCUCGUGGUCUCGAUAUCCCCAACGUCACCCACGUUGUCAACUACGAUCUCCCCACCGACAUUGACGACUACGUCCACCGCAUCGGUCGUACUGGUCGUGCCGGAAACACUGGUCACUCCACCGCCUUCUUCAACCGCGGCAACCGCGGUGUCGUUCGCGACCUCAUCGAACUCCUCAAGGAGGCCAACCAGGAGGUUCCCAGCUUCCUCGAGACCAUUGCCCGCGAGUCUUCUUACGGCGGUGGCCGUGGCGGCCGUGGUGGUCGUCCUCGUGGCGGUGGCUCUGGUGCCAACCGUGAUUUCCGCAAGUACGGCGGUGGUGGCGGCUUCGGCGGCCCUCCCAGCGGCGGCGGCGGCUUCAGCGGCGGUGGCGGCGGCGGCUACUCCGGCGGCGGCGGUGGUGGUUUCGGUGGUGCCCCUGGCGGUGGCUUCGGCGGUGGUGGUGGUGGCUACUCUGGCGGCGGCGGUGGUUACGGUGGUGGUGGCUACGGCAACCCCAGCGGACCUGGCGGCAACUCGUCCUGGUGGUAA